AUGCGUCUUUCGGAACCGGACGCGGCUUCUCUGACGGUCCCUUUUAGUAAAGAGGAGAUUAAACGAGCAGUGUUUGAAUGUGGGUUGGACAAAGCUCCAAUACCGGACGGUUUUAACUUCAAUUUCAUCAAAAGCAAAGGUACGAUAGCAGCGGGAUGCAAUUCUUCCUUCAUAACUCUGAUUCCGAGAAACAAUGAUCCGGUGGGGCUGAGAGAGUAUAGACCUAUUAACCUGAUUGGGGUGAUUAGCAAAACUAUUUCCAAGGUUUUGGCCAAUCGUCUCAAAAUGGUUAUUGGGUCUAUCAUCUCGAAAAAUCAGACAGCUUUUCUUAAAGGGAGAUACAUUCUUGACAGUCCGUUAAUGCUAAACGGGUUAAUGGCGUGGAUUAAAAAAUACAAUAAAAAGGCUUUGUUGCUUAAAAUUGAUUUCGAAAAGGCGUACGACAAUGUUUGUUGGAAUUUUCUUUUGGACAUCAUGGGGCAAAUGGGUUUUCCUGAAUUAUGGUGCAAAUGGAUUAAAGGGAUUCUAGCGUCGGCUAGAUCCGUGGUUCUUGUUAAUGGGUCCCCCACAUUUGAAUUCAAUUUCUUCAAAGGGGUCAGACAGAGCCCGUUUUUGUUCCUUCUGGUCAUGGAAGCGCUGUCUAGCAUUUUGAGUAAAGCUAGGAGGGAAGAUCUUUUCAAAGGAACAUACAAGACGGAGACAGAGGAAAUGUCAAAGAAUGAAGAAUCCAAUAAGGAUGAAACUUCAAAAUGUGAAGUUGUGUGCUCUAAAUGUGAAAAAUCUGAAGCAGACAAUGUUAAACUCUUGAAGGAUGUGGAGAAGGUUGAUAAAUUUGGUAAACCUAAAUUUUGUAAAUUUUGGGUUCCAAUAAAAGAUGACGAUGAAUUUGUUUCUGCGAAAACAAAAGAGUCAUCUUCUGGCGAUGAAUUUGUUUCUUUGAAAGCAAAAGAGCCACGUUUUGGCAAUGAAUCUGAUUCAUUAAAGUCAGAUGAGCCAUCUGUUGAGUGGUCUAGACAGCCUGAAUCGGAAGAGGAGCUUAAGGAAUGGAUGGAAUGUUGCAAGGUUCUUAGUAUGGUGAGUCUAUCUAACGGAAAGGACACUUGGUUCUGGAGUGAGGAUAGUAAGAAUGGGUUCUCGGUGAAGGCAGUCAAAUCGGCCUUCAUUAAGGAUAGAGGCAGUGGUCACCCUCCAAAUUUUAAUUGGUGUAAAUGGGUUCCUAUUAAAUGCAAUAUUAUGAACUGGAGAGGUAAUCUAGAUAGAAUCCCUUCUAGAUUAAAUUUAAGAAGAAGGAAUGUGGACAUACCGUCUACUAUGUGCCCGUUAUGUAAAGAGACCGAGGAAUCGGUUGAGCAUUUGUUCACUGCUUGCUCGAUAGACUUAAGGGUGUGGACGGCUUUCAGUGAAUGGUGCAACAUCCCGCCAAUAUACCUUUUUGAAUUUAAAGACAUUUUAGAUAUUCACAAAUUCAGGAAGUGUAGCAAGGAGGAGAAGAUCAUUUAUGGUUUGGCCUUAAUUACGUCUUGGUGUUUAUGGAAAGAGAGAAAUGAAGUGGUUUUUAAUCAGAAAAGAUGUAACCUGCAGGACAUCAUUGGGGAGUUAAAAUCUAGAAGCUUCGCAUGGGUGAGAAAUAGAUCUUCUUGUAAGUCUAUUAGGUGGACGGAAUGGUGUAAAUACCCAUUGUAUAUGUUGUAA